CCGGUCAAGGGUAGCGCGCCUGGAGCUUUGAGCCGCCGCGCGCCAAACGUGAAGGCUUCAAAAAGUCCAAUUGCUUCUCGAAGUAUCCUCUCUGAAAUGCAUCAAGAUUGAUUUUGGGAGUAUGCUUGCUCUGCCAAACACGUCGUAGGCUCAUUUUGUAGAUUGACAAUUUACAUUUAUUCCCCAGAACUCUUGCACUUACUCGUCUUUCAGUGAAAUCAAUUUGAGCUUGCUUCCUUGUCUGCACCUUCCCACCUCACCUUCCCACCGACGUGCCUGUGCUUCUACGAGAUCCAUCCUGUCACCUUGCCCAACUUUGGUCUACACCUUCGUUCCCUCACAACUUCGACAUAAUCACCUGCCACAAUGUCGACCAAGCCACCCUCUCGGGUGGUCUUUGUGGGUAACAUUCCCUAUGGCCUCUCCGAGGAGCAGAUCACCGACAUCUUCAGCAGUGCUGGCAAGGUCCUGAACUUUCGUCUCGUAUAUGAUAGGGAAACGGGGCGACCGAAGGGCUUUGGUUUCGCAGAGUACCCUGAUGCUGACUCAGCUGCGUCGGCAGUUCGCAAUCUGAACGACUAUGAGAUCAUGAACCGCAAGCUUCGCGUUGACUAUAGUACCGAAGGACGCGUCGACCAAGAAGACGACAAGUCAGGAGGCAAUGCGCACAUGGGAGGGGGCUACGGACAACAAUAUUCGAAUGGCGCUUCACUUUCCGCACCACAGCCUGCCGGCGCAUUGCCCCCUCUCCCACCCGGCAAGGAGCUUCCGCCCGGUGUAAGCUUCUCCGAUGCUGUCUCCCGAACUCUGAACACGCUGCCACCCGCCCAGCUUCUCGACAUUCUCACCCAUAUGAAGUCUUUGGCCACGCAAGACCCCAACCGUGCGACGGAGCUUCUGACCCAGGCACCUCAACUGGCAUAUGCCAUCUUCCAGUCUCUGCUCCUGAUGGGUCUCAUAUCGCCCGAGGCCAUCCAUUCUGUCGUUGACACGACCGCACCGCCUCCUGCCCAAGCACCUCCCGUGAGCUAUGCACCUCCACCUAUCCCUGUUUACCCCGGCGUCGCAACGGGCACUCCUCCCGUUGCAGCGCCGUACGCUCCGCCCCAGGCCUACGCUCCCGCUCCUGUCGCAGCACCCGCACAGGAUCCCGAUCAACUCAUGAAGAUGGUCAUGGAGCUUCCUCAGGCAUCGAUUGACCAACUACCAGAGGGCGAAAGACAGCAGAUCAUGGCGUUGCGUGCGCAGUUCAUGGGCCAAAGACGUUGAAGAAUCGGAUCAACUGGUGAAGAUGGUGAUGGCGGCACAUGGGAACCCGCCGGGUCUAUUUACCCACUCUUCAUCGAUGAGAUACUAUGAUUUAAUAGCAUUGCGAACUUUGUCCACGGCUAAGAAAAUCGUGGACGAGGAU